AGGUUGAAAAAAGUCCUCUCUGAAGCAGAACCUGUGACAAGCAAACAUGGCAUGCUUGACCGUAGAUCUGAUUGCUAAAUCAAGAAAGCACUUCAAAAAGAGAAAGGGGAUCUCUUUCCCACGAUACCUCCAGACUCUCACCCACCUUUACUUUUACAACGAGAACAUCAACGAUAUUGGAGAUCUCUCCAUGUGUAGAAACCUUUGCGUUCUUUACCUGUAUGAUAAUCAGAUCACAAACAUCCGCAACCUGGACUUUGCCUCCAACCUUACCCAUCUGUACCUGCAGAAGAACAACAUCACUCAUAUAGAUAAUCUCUACAAUCUGCACAAACUUUCCAAACUGUAUCUGGGUGGAAACAGAAUUACAGUGGUGGAGGGUUUGGAGCAGCUCCACAACCUCCAAGAGCUUCAUCUGGAGAAUCAAAGGCUGGAGCCGGGGGAGAAGUUGCUCUUUGACCGCAGGACUGUCCUCGCACUCUCUGAAACUCUUUGUGUAUUGAAUGUUAAUAACAACAAUAUUGAUGACAUAAGGGACCUGGCAGUGCUGAAGGAACUCCAAGAGUUUUCUGCUGCUGAUAACACACUGACCCAUAUUGAGGAGUUGGAGGAUGUUUUUAGCCUCUGGCCACAGCUGCUGGUAAUGGAACUGAGAGGAAAUCCUGUGUGUAAAACACAUAAGUACAGAGACCGAUUGACAACCCUUUGCACAAACCUUGGGACGCUUGAUGGAAGGGAAAUAAAUGAGAUAACCAGACAGUUCCUUAUUAACUGGAAAGCAUGCAAAGAUGCCAAGAAGAAAAGACAAACUAAAGACAUGCGGCCUGCACCACUGAUCCAGUGCACUUUAAAAAGCAAGUAUUUGAUCAAUUCAGUUAUGUCUCUGCCCAGAUUACAGUUAACCAAUGACUUUGACACGGGUCACGGUCCACAUCCUGGUCACAUCCACAGCCACGUUAACAUGCAGAGGAGGGAACCACACAUCAGCCUCUCAGAAAGCAGAAUGCAGUGUCAGGUUCGCAGCCAAUUAGAGAAGGAUACGGCCAUCGGAGUUAAAGCAUUAAAACCAGCCCAGCCUCUGGCGCUGAAAACCAGCCUCCAUCCCGCCGUCAGACACAAGAGAACUUAG